AUGAAAGAGAUACAUCCUCCUCAGGCCAAACCAUCCUUCAAAUGUGAACCUUCACGGUCCACGGUUAUCAAGUCUGUUAAAUUAAAGGAAGGUGCAACGGGCAAUAAAGAGGUGAAAAAGGUAGAUAAGAUUGCUUUUCCAGCAGUAACCACCGAUGAUCUUGUCAUAGACAGCCCAGCUCGAGCAUCGCCAUCUGUCAGAACUGGACUGACUUUGUUGGAGGUCAGGAGAAGAAAGAGGAAUAGGUUGGGGGCUAAGAAAGCAGCUGAAUUUGAAAGCAAUUCUGCUACAACUGUUGCAGAAAAUUCUAUCAGCAUGACAAACAAGCGGAAGAGAAAAUCUUGGACCAGUCUGAAGGAAAUUGCUGAGAGCAGUGAGCAUGGUAAUAGCCAAAACGUCACAAACUUGACAAUCCCAUUUUCAUAUAAAGAGGGUUAA